AUGCUAGUGUGGUUACCAGCAGUACCAAAGCUAGCAGAUGUGGAGGAGGAGGAGGAGGAGGAGGAGGAGGAGGAGGAGGAGGAGGAGGAGGAGGAGGAGGAGGAGGAGGAGGAGGAGGAGGAGGAGGAGGAGGAGGAGGAGGAGGAGGAGGAGGAGGAGGAGGAGGAGGAGGAGGAGGAGGAGGAGGAGGAGGAGGAGGAGGAGGAGAGAGCUGAAAGGGAGGAAGGGGAGAGGUAUGUUCCUGUUCCAGAUGGGAUGUCCCAUUAA